ACGUCCAUCUCAGCUCGGAAUCCCGUAGUCUCAUCUAAGAGAAAUACAGGAUGGAUUUUGUUAAUUGUAAUUUCAUUGGGGAAGAGACUUCCUUCGUGCUUCCUAAUGAUAUUGAAGUCUUGGAUAUGUAUGGAUGCCAACUGUCAAGCUUACCAUGCUUGUCUCGCUUGCAACGCUUACAGGAACGUGGCAUCUUCUCAUGCAGCGUAGAGUGGUUGUUGUUGAUAGGAGACAACACCACCAUAACGUCUUUACCCUCAAUCCAGUUUCUGUGUCUAAGAGAGCUUCCGAGUUUCAGGGGCCUGUGUAAGGGAGUCUUGCUACCUGGUUCAUUUGCAUGCCUAAGACGCCUGACUGUCCAUGAAUGCCAUGUAUUGGAGAAUCUCAUGUCACUUGAAUUGUUUCAGCACCUCCAAUGCCUUGAACAAAUCGAUAUUGCUGAAUGCAGUGAGAUGGAGGAGGUGAUACAAGGAGGAGAAAAAGCUAUGGUUGAAGAAGAAGGUUAUAACAGCAUCAAUAACAAUACCAUCCUACUCCCUAACUUGAGGUCUUUUCACUUGGUUGAUUUAGGGAAAUUGAAAAGCAUUUGUAAGGAGGUAAUCAUUUGCCCUUCCCUGAAUAGGAUUGUUAUACAAGGUUGUCCUCGGCUGAAGAAGAUCCCUCUUUCCUUGGGCAACUCAACAUCUGUUAAGGAAGGAGAGAUCGAAGGAAGCAAAGAAUGGUGGGAUGCAUUGGCGUGGGAUGAUCCCAACACCAAAACACUCCUACCUUUUUUCAAAGUAGGAGGACGUGGAAUGAAAAGAAGAGCAGAAGAAGAAUCAGAAGAGGUCGCUUCGACGUCACGGCAGCCGUUAUCUCCUCAUUAGUAUGGACUUUG